AUGCUAUUUUUUUUUUCUUUUUUUCAAUUUGACACCAAAUGCCGCAUAUCGGAGUGGGGACCCUUUGUUAAGCUGGCCACCCCGAGCAUGCUCAUACUUUGUCUGGAAUGGUGGCUAUUUGAAGUAGGAGGAUUCAUUGCUGGUAUAAUUAGUGAAAUAGAGCUGGGAGCCCAGUCCGUUACAUAUCAGCUCACAGUUGUAGCUUACAUGUUCCCACUUGGAAUUUCUGCAGCUGUUAGUGUUCGAGUAGGGAAUGCGCUUGGUGCAGGAAACAUUGAGCAAGCCAAGCUGUCAAGCAAAGUUUCCAUCAUCUGUGCAUUUAUUGUGGCCUUUUUUGUUGGUCUUACCAUCACCCUUGCCAAAAGUGUCAUUGGCUACAUUUUCACCUCAGACCUAGAAAUUUUGAAACGGGUUGCUGAAAUCUUGAUUGUUUUCGUCUUCUUGCAUCAUUCUGACGCUGUUGCGGGCGUGUGCGGAGGUGUCAUCCGAGGAGUUGGGAAACAAAAGGUUGGUGCUCUUUGUAACCUGGUGGGACACUACUUCAUUGGCUUUCCCAUUGGCUUGGCCUUAACCUUUGCGGCAAAAUUGAACAUCCUAGGGCUUUGGAUAGGUCUUACUCUCUGUGUCUUCAUGCAGGCUACUUUCUUACUCGUUUAUCUAUACAAACUAGAUUGGAGUAAGGCUGCCGAAAAGGCUAAAAUUAGAGCCGGGGUCCAGGUCCCCUAUGACGACACGGUCAAGACAGAAGAUUGCAAGUUCGAGUCAAACACCAACCAGGACCCAGUUACUUGUCCUACAUCCAGGUGUGAGAGCGCUUCAGAGGGCCAACAGCUUCCAGAUCAACCUAAAACUCCAACUACCAAUGUUCUCACAGUAAAACAGCUGCUUUUGAAGCGUAGCUUGAUUUUACUUAUCUUUGUUGCCAUCUUAGCAGCCGGAAUUAUCGUCCGUCACUUCCUUGACAAACUGCUGCAAUGA